AUCACGUACGAGAGUAGUCAGUGGGGUGCUCUCUCGCGGUGCUCGUGGGCCCACGCGGAUCCCUCCUGUUUCCUCCACGCACGUAGAGGCACGCAUCCGCUCGCGUCCCGUUCCCAUUGUCGACGCGAGUCCAACGUCGAGAGUCCAACGUCGUCGGCCCGUGUCCACCAGGGCGUGCGUUUGUGGGGGUGCGCAUCCGGUUCGCGGCCGGAGGGGCCGAGAGCGCUCAGAGAGAGUUACGGGGUACGAUUUACGCGUGAUCCGGAAAACAACGACACGACUGCAUGACCAUGGCGUUCGCCGGGCUCAAGAAGCAGAUCAACAAAGCGAAUCAGUACAUGACGGAGAAGAUGGGCGGAGCGGAGGGAACGAAGCUCGACGUCGAUUUCGUGGAUAUGGAGAGGAAAACAGACGUCACGUACGAGCUCGUGGAGGAGCUGCAGAUGAAGACGAAGGAGUUCCUUCAACCAAACCCAACGGCGAGGGCGAAGAUGGCUGCAGUCAAGGGUAUCAGCAAACUCAGCGGUCAGGCGAAGGCGUCCACUUAUCCUCAGCCGGAAGGUGUACUUGGCGAUUGCAUGCUCACUUAUGGCAAAAAAAUGGGCGAGGACAGCAUUUUCGCCCAGGCUCUCAUUGAAAUGGGCGAAGCCAUGAAGCAGAUGGCGGACGUCAAGUAUUCGUUGGACGAUAACAUCAAGCAGAACUUCCUCGAGCCGCUGCACCAUCUGCAGACCAAGGAUCUCAAAGAAGUGAUGCACCAUCGGAAGAAACUGCAAGGCCGUAGGCUGGACUUCGAUUGCAAGCGAAGACGCCAGGCGAAAGCGACCGGAAAGAGAUCCGUCAGUCCGCAUGUUGGAAGUCCAGCGCGAUCGGGCACUUCGUCGCCAUAUGCGGGUUCUCACGUUUCAGACGACGAGAUUCGUCAGGCCGAGGAGAAGUUCGCGGAGAGCCUCCAUCUGGCGCAGAUGGGCAUGUUCAAUCUGCUGGAGAACGACGUCGAACAAGUGGCACAAUUGGCAACUUUCAGCGAAGCUCUUCUCGAAUAUCAUCAACAGUGCACCGAGGUCCUGAAAGGGUUGACGGAAAUACUCUUCGAAAAGAAAGAAGAGGCCGCAAAUCGACCAAAGUUGGAAUUCGUGCCGAAGACACUGGCGGAUCUGCAUGUGGACAGUGGAUUGACGCUGGACCAUAUGAACGGUGGGAACUUCUCUCUUCACGGGUCAAGUCGGGCCGGCUCUCCGCUCGCGGACGGGAAGCGCUCGCAGCUCGAGCUAUUUCCGGCCGGAAACCCGCCACAAUCUACUAAUGCUUCACCCUUGCCCUCGCCGAGCAAAUCGCCAGCGAGAACGCCGUUGACACAGAGAUCGCCGUGCUGCACAGCCCUGUACGACUUCGAGCCUGAGAAUCCCGGUGAACUUGGAUUUAAGGAGAACGACACGAUCACCUUGACCCAGAAGAUCGACGACAAUUGGUUCGAGGGCAGCCUGGACGGCCGCACCGGUUACUUCCCCGUGACCUACGUGCAGGUCGUAGUGCCAUUACCCUAAGAGGACGCCGCGCAUUUUGAAGCCAAAGACCCUGCGUAUUCGUUCACUAGCGUCUACCAUUACAGGAUUAUUCUGCUCUCCAGCUAGCCUAAAAAACCUAGACGAUUUUUCGACGACAUAUCUUACCUAUCUAUUGUCACUUACGUUGCGAUUUCAAGCUUACGUCCAAGACACAAUCCCGAGUUUCUCUAGACCUUUCUCCCCGCCAGCUAUACGGAGACCUCCUUCCCCAUAGACCACCCUCCCCCCGAGAAUAGACCUGUUACGCAUAUUAAUGUAUAUAUAUAUAAUGUUAUAGUGUAUUUUAUUGACGUAAGGACCGCGCGCGCAGAAAUACACAUGCACACGAAUGCAUAGAUACAUAUAGACGUAUUAUACGUAUACAGACACGCAGAAACCUGUAUUAAUACAUACAUAUAUAUAUAUUAUAUAUAUACACAUACGCAUAUACAAACACUCAGACACAUCAAAGUACCUACGAUAGCAGUUCACUGUCAAGGGCGGCUCUCUCCUCAUCUACUUUUCUACAUUAUCUUCCGUCUCGUUGAGAUGCUUUCGAGAUAUUUUCAAAUACAGUUCGAGUGCACAAAAGAAGAAAAUCGAGCCUAGCGUGAAACGAUUUAUGGCGGAGCGCGCGAAUUUUCCGAUAGUUCCCUUUUUGGCAUUUAAUUAGUUUCACCGCCGAAAGUAUUGUAUCGUUUCGGUAACGAGCCGAUAACUCGGCGCUCUGUUUGUUCUGUUGCAAACUACACUUUCGUCCGGAUAUUAUGUAUCGCUUGUGGAUUUCGGACAGGGUGAGAUUACUCCAGCCGUUAUUAAAUUCCUCGUUAAGAUAAGUGGAGGCUUCUAGCUUUAGCAUUACUUCAUUGUGUCGAAAUUGGCGUCAAUUCUGAUUAUAUCUUCGCUUAAUACUUAUAUUAUUAAUAUUAAUAUUAAUAAUAUAAUUAUUAAUAUCAAAGAGAGAAUAAUUCGAAUUGCUAAUCAGUACUAGAUAAUUCAAUAAAGUAAUGUCAUAAUAAUCUAGAAAAGAAGUCAUUAAGCUUCCAGUAUAAAAGACACUAUUAAGUGAUCUUGAGAUUCUUCUUUAACUGUUGCAUUUUUAAUUGUUACAUACAUAAUUGUUACGUGAGAGUGAAUUUUAAUGCGGCUGGAGCAGUCUUAUUCCGCUCUACUUACUCGCCCUCCAUUCGCAAAGAAUUCUUGGCCACUAAGUCGCGUAUAAGUUUCUUCAUAACUCUCAUUUAUCAUCUUAAUUAAUUUAAGUGGCUUUCCUCGCGAGAGUUCGAUCAUUCAACCGAGGCACAUGUUUUGCGUCGGUCCGCGCGACGCAGCAAACUCGUUAUUCGUGUAAUGUACUCGUAUAUAUAAUAAUAAUGUUACCGCAAUUCGUAUUUCCAUUCCUCAGUCGAAACGACCGUUCUUUCGGCUGCUUACCGUUCGUUCUUCGUUUUCACAGUUUUUCCUUUUUUUAUUAAUUGCUAGGUGAUACUAGCUAGAAGUUUAGGAUUUACUUUAAGCGAACCUCGAAAUGGCGGCAAAUCUCUUCCACGAAAUCAUUAUCUGUGAUUGUUAUAGAUGUUACAGUUGCUGGCAUUGAUUGUUUUUGACAGUGACGAUCCAAUUCGGUUGUCAGAAAACUUCCGGGUCGAUGUUGAUGAUAAAACAAAACUUGGAGAAAAUGGAAAAUCAAUUUAUUGGAAACGUUCAAUCAACUGUCUUUUGUAUUCGCGUGACUAUACUACUAUUUCACAUUUAUUUUUAAUUGCAGAAAAAUACUCGAUGAUUAUUGAAAUAUUUAGCUGUGACAGUUUCGGAACAAAGAUAAUGAAAGAUUUUUUCUGUAGCAGAAAUAUUAAUACUCUUUUAAAACUAUGUGAAAUUGUGAAAAAUAAUACAUUUUUUAAUUUUUUAUAUUAAUAUUUACAAUCUUUUAAAUUUCGUUUUUUUAUUAAAUUUUCAACACGCCCGAAACUUUUUCGACAUUCUUUACGAUAUUUUUUACAUAAUUUGCAUCGCCUUAAAAAACAUUUUAAUUAAUUAUUUAGAAUGUAAAUAUCGUUUUUCGUAUGUUUGAAAAAUGGCCAGACGCAAUAGUUUUAAUUAAUUAUUAACUUUCGAACACAGCGCAAGAGUAAAACAAGAAUGAGGAGUAAGAAACUUCCCGUUUAACCCAGAACGUUUAUACAUCAAGUAUGUUUUACAUGAGCGCCCGGCAACAAUUAUACUUUCGCAGCGUCCUGACGUCAGAUUUCCUUUCCCCCCCUUUUUCUGACUUUGUAUGAGAGUUCAACCGCCAGAACAAUGAAAGUAAUUAAGGAACUUGGUUAUUUGUUGCCACGUGGAUUUUAGGUAAAUCUUCGAGCGAGAUAUCAGCUAAGCAUAAUGUAAUGACACUAGAGUAUAUUACUUACACGUAUACAUAUUGUCGAUAGAGGCGACGGCGAAAUCCGACCGCGUUAUCUGUUCAUUAUCAUUGUUCAUAUAUUUUAUUGUCAUUAUUAUAUCAUUGUAAUCGCCGCACUGGCAAAACGUUCUUGAUUAUACAUAUACAUUGAAUUCAGAACGAGAUUCUAUUAAAUCGAAGGAUUUCAGACUCGGGACAUUUUCCGAAUUGAGUGUGCCGUUAAUAGGAUAUAAGACACAGAUACGCAGGGGACGUAGGAUAAUCUGAUUUCGUAGCGUUUCAGCUUUUUCAAAUAAUUUGUGCCGUUCAUUAAAUUACUUUUCGAACGGUAACGUAAGAUUCUCCAAAUAGAUUGUAGAGCUAAAGAAUUUUUAAGAAAAUGAUAGAAUUUUCGCGUACGUAGUGUAGCGCGAUAUGAAGAAAGUCGGAUGGCUUAAAUUAGUGAUAAUCUCUUACAUUCCGUUGGAAUUAGAACACCUAUAAUGCGAGUAUUAAAGUGACGUAGUUGUAGUAGAGAUGCAGUCAAAUCGGAGAAUGUUCUUUGUCCCGCAGAGCGAUACGCCGAUAACGAAGGGCACGUUCGUUCACGUUUAACAUAAUUAAAGUUUAUGAUCGCUAUAUCGAUUAACGUACUACCGAUGUUAUCACUUGCUGCUAUCACCGUCGCCAGUUAAGUCCUUACUUGAGACGGACGUCAACUAAUAAACGGAGGACAAGUCGUGGAACGUGGAAAAAAAGAGGUCCGCAUGCAAGUUUCACCUCUACACUAUUAUCGCUGUGAGAUAAAACGAAAUCCCUUUCGGAACUCGAGGUGUUAUCGAUGUUGUGCAAUAUUAAGAGUUUAACAUCAUCGGUGUUUAGCCGGUGGGGGCCAUCGCUGGAUCAGUGUUUCUCAAAACAUCGCGAAGAUUUACGGGGGCACAGAGGGAGGGGCGAAAAAGUAAAGGGCGAUUGUAUCGAAUAUGACUGAUAACCACAUCUGUUAAUUAAUGGGCAUGAAGGGUGUAAUCUGCUAGAAGUUUGUAUUAAUUUUUCUCUUGUGUAAAGGCGAUUCGAACUAUGUCGAAACCUACGAAUCACUUUCGUUCCAACGAUCUUGUCCGAUGCGAAGCGAUAAAUCCGCAUCGAACGGACGUGAACAUCGGAAAUGACGAUUUUUACUCUCGGUUAUUCGCAUGGUGUAGUUUGUGCGUCACCGUAUGAUGGAAUUACUUUCUGGAAGCUCCUUAAAUUUGCGCGAAAUAGAAUAUGAAUUGGAUAUGAAUAAACAUGCACGAUACGGUUCGAAAUUAUCGCCCAGCAUUCGUCGAUGGGCAGAAAUUAAUUACCGAGCUGCAAUAUUAAUAAUACAAUAACACAAAAUAGAUAACGAUAGUUGAAAUUAAUAAGAUUUAAUUUAUCUUGCAAAUAAAUAAUAUUAACGUGUUUAAUUUUUAAUCAACCUUGCAUUAUAUAUAAUAACAGAAAUCUAAAUUAGAGAAGGUAAAAAAUUGGUCAUUAAAUUUCUGAUGCGAAUAACCGGAGAUUAGUAGAAACAACUUCGACCCCUCACAGCUCGAUCACAGUGGGAUCAUGAUUUUUGUUUAUAUAAUGAGAGACUGGUGAAGCUUUGUCAAUUAGAACGAUAGCAAUAAAACGCUGAUUAUCUCGCGUAGAGAAUUAAGGGCGGAUGAUGAUUGUUCAGGGUCCGGAGCUAAUAAUUUCAAGGUCCCCAGUGAACAAUGGAAAUUAGACAAAAAUUUAAUUUUUUUAUUCUACGGCAUUUUACGCAAUUAAUAAGAUAUUUCCAGUAUUGAGAUAUAUGGAUACUAGACAACAUGUUAGUAGUUUUCGAAAACCUAGCAAAACCUAAUUAUUUUCACGAAUUAAUAUUUAAUACAAUUUUAAUAAAUUUUAGUAAAUGAGGUAUAUUUUAAAUAAAAUAAUUAGAGAUGUAUAGCUUAAAAUCUUAAUUUAAAGUCAAUCUUUUAAAACAGCAUCCUAAUUAGACAAUUGCACAUUUAAAACAGAAGGAAGUGGCGGUAUCUUUGUGAUACUAUGUGCAGUCACGAACAUUUCAGGAAUGGACUUAUGGGGAUCGCUUGAUUAGUUGCAGGACCCGAGCUUAAAUAUUCUCAAUUACUCUUACAAAACCGCUCCUGAUCGAUAAUUCUCGCUGAUCGGCAAUGGGAAGAAAUAAAUUUGAGAAACACUGUACUGGGGGAAGAAGAGAGAGAAAUAUACAAUAUAUAUGCUAUUACUACUUGUGCGGGAAGAAAUUUAUAUUACUGCGUGAUAUACUAUGUUAAUUUAUAUAUAUCGCGUCGGUCCGUGCUUUGCGUUCGAUUGUUCGUGGACCGGUUCGCGCAAUCUGGCAUGGCGGAUGAAGAGGAAGAAGGAGAAACACGAAAAAAGAGGCGGCGAGAUUGGCGCGAUCGCGAGAGAGAAUGAACUUAACGAUAAAUACUAAAAUCGGUAUCUUAUUCUAUAAAUGUUGGCUAUUGUUAAAUGUUGAAUAUUGUUCAGCGACGAGUUCGCGCGUCUUCGCACGAGAAACACGCGUUUUUAUUUCACUUAAUAUAAUUUUUAUAUUAUAUUUGUAUAGCUCUCCGCGAUCUAAGAUAAUUUCGAAAGGAGAUUUAAAUCGCUUAUUAAACUGCUCGGACUUUUGUGUAUAGUCAAUUUUUAUUGUAUAUUGUUUUUAAAUAUUUCGUAGAUAUUUAUUUAUAUUUUAUAAAGUGUACUGAAAAAAUUGUUGCAUUAAUAUAAUAAUUCUGUUAAAAUUCACUCACUAUCUUGGAAAUAAUAUGGAUAAUGCUUUACUUAACUUCGUCUGAAUCUAUACGAGUCACUGCAUUUUAUUUGUUGUAUUCGAAUAUGUAUUUAAAAGAGAGGUGAAAACAAAUGUGGACAAUUAUAUAUUGAAAUAUUUUAAAGAUUUUAAUAUAAACGCGUGCUUCUCGGGCGAGCAUGACGAGCUCUCCGCGUUCUAAUUGUAAUCUAAUCUAUUUGGGGAUCGAGCGGACGCGCCGGAUCUAUCGAUCCCCGCAAAAAAAAAAUCACUGAGCAUCCUUGGUCACGGAGAUAGGAGCUUCUGGUGUUUUCCCACUUUCCCUACCUUCUUCUUGCUCUCUCUCUCUCUCUCUCUCUCUCUCUCUCUCUCUCUCUCUCUCUCUUUUCUAUUUUUCCUUCCUCGCAUUCUCCUCUGUACGUAAAUGUCUCUCCGACUUCCUGCACACGUAUGCGUGUGGGAUCGGCACGAAUCUCGCGUUUCUCGAAGUGUCCCGGGCCCACUUAUAUUUUGUAAGCGCCAGAAAAUCCGGGAUCUGCGGGAGACACGAGAUGCGUUAUUAGAAAAAGAAAAAUCGGUGCCCUCUCGACAAUAUCCUGCCCUCCCCGGACGCACCCCCCGCCCCGAGCCGUUUCCCGUUGAUCCCCGUUUUGACGAAGUGCGAAGGGGGCGACCAGUGGAUGCAACACAGUGAUACUUUCAGACAAUACAUUACGAUUAAUUACACUUGUAUUGGUAAUAAAUUAAUCUACUACGAUUAUAUUGAACUCGAUUGAAGAAAAAUAUACGAUAUAUAUAUAUUCGAUUUCGGUCAAUGCUAAAUGAUUAUUAUAAUACUAAUUGAGAAAUAAAGUGUGCUCUAUGUCA